CCGCCAGCGCCGCGCUUCUCGCCCCCGUGACACACGACCGGGCCUUGCGCGUCGGAGCCGCGGCGGAAGGGCACGCGAGGCGAUUGGCGGCCGCGCCGCGCGCGUCGCAAGGCAGCGGCCAAUCAGCAGACGCGGCGUCCCGCGAAGGGGCUGUGCGGGCCGCAGCGUAGUGAGGAGCGGGGCGGCGGCGGGAUGAGGUUGAGCGCGCUGUGGGUGCUGGUGCUGCUGCUGGGGCUGGUCCAGGUCGCUUUCCUGGCGCGGGGCGCGGCGGCCGAGGACUUCGACGACGACAGCGAAUCUCUUACAAAGGAAGCUGAUGAUGAAGGUGAUGAUGACAAAGAUGAUGAAGAUGAUGAUGAUGAUGAUUCUGAAGUUAAAGAAGAAAAUGGCGUAUUAGUCUUGAAUGAUGCAAACUUUGAUGCCUUUACUGCAGACAAGGACACUGUGCUGUUGGAGUUCUAUGCACCAUGGUGUGGGCAUUGCAAGCAGUUUGCUCCGGAAUAUGAAAAGAUAGCCAAAACUCUGAAGGAAAAUGACCCUCCUAUUCCAGUUGCCAAAAUAGAUGCUACUGCAGCUACUUCACUAGCAAGUCGUUUUGAUGUCAGUGGCUACCCAACCAUCAAAAUCCUGAAAAAAGGCCAACCUGUUGACUAUGACGGUUCUCGGACUGAAGAUGCAAUUGUGGCCAAAGUCAAGGAGAUUGCCGACCCCAGUUGGACCCCUCCACCAGAAGCUACCCUGGUAUUGACCCAGGAUAAUUUUGAUGACAUCGUGAAUAGUGCUGACAUAAUCCUGGUGGAGUUCUAUGCUCCAUGGUGUGGACACUGCAAAAGGCUUGCUCCAGAAUACGAGAAGGCUGCCCAGGAGCUUAGCAAGCGCAUACCUCCUAUUCCCCUGGCUAAAGUUGAUGCCACUGCUGAAACUGAGCUUGCAAAGAAGUUUGAUGUUACUGGCUACCCAACUUUGAAAAUCUUCCGCAAGGGCAAACCUUAUGACUACAGUGGUCCACGGGAAAAAUACGGUAUUGUUGACUACAUGAUUGAGCAGGCUGGUCCUCCAUCCAAACAGAUUCAGGCUACCAAGCAGGUACAGGAAUUUCUGAAGGAUGGGGAUGAUAUCAUCAUCAUUGGCGUCUUUAGUGGAGAGAAUGACAAAGCAUAUCAGCUCUAUCAGGAAGCAGCAAAUAGUUUAAGAGAAGAUUACAAGUUCCAUCACACCUUCAGCAAUGAGAUCGCAAAACUAUUGAAAGCAUCUCCAGGAAAACUGGUUGUCAUGCAGCCAGAAAAAUUUCAGUCAAAGCACGAGGCCAAGAUGCAUGUUUUGGAUCUUAAAGACUCUACAGAUGGCUCAGAAAUUAAACAGCACGUGGUAAAACAUGCUUUGCCUCUAGUUGGUCAUCGCAAGCCUUCCAAUGAUGCUAAAAGAUAUGCUAAGCGUCCUCUAGUGGUUGUCUAUUAUUCUGUAGACUUUAGUUUCGACUAUCGUGUUGCUACCCAGUACUGGAGAGGCAAAGUCCUGGAAGUGGCCAAAGACUUCCCUGAAUAUGUGUUUGCUGUUUCUGAUGAGGAAGAUUAUUCUUCUGAAAUAAAAGAUUUAGGCCUGCUUGAGAGUGGAGAGGAUGUCAACGUCGCUAUUUUGGAUGAAGGUGGCAAGAAAUAUGCCAUGGAGCCAGAAGAGUUUGACACUGAUGUACUCAGGCAAUUUGUGGUGGCAUUCAAAAAAGGAAAACUGAAGCCUAUUGUGAAGUCCCAGCCAGUGCCAAAAAAUAACAAAGGGCCGGUGAAAGUGGUAGUGGGUAAAACUUUUGACACCAUAGUAAUGGAUCCAAAAAAUGAUGUUCUUAUAGAGUUCUAUGCCCCAUGGUGUGGACACUGCAAGAAACUAGAACCAGUGUAUACCGAGCUAGGCAAAAAAUACAAGAAUGAGAAAAAUCUAGUCAUAGCCAAAAUGGAUGCUACUGCCAACGAUGUGAUGAGUGACCGCUACAAAGUGGAGGGAUUUCCCACUAUCUACUUUGCUCCGAGGGACAAGAAGAACAACCCUAUUAAAUUUGAAGGCGGGGACAGAGAUUUAGAGCAUUUGAGCAAAUUUAUAGAGGAGCAUGCAACACAACUCUCCAGAACAAAAGAAGAGCUUUAGAUAAGAUGAGGGUGGUGAAGAAAAAUUGUUUGUACAAUGUAGUUAAAGCAAGUUACUGACAAACCUUGAUGAGAGAAGAAUUAAGCAGUUUACGCAAGGAAAUUCUUGAGCAGUAAAGCAAUUGCAGUAUCUUUUUUUAUACGGCAGAAUUUUUUCUGGACACUGAACAACUUCUUUAAUAUGAAUGUCUUAUAUUAGUUAUGGUUUUGAUCUUUGGAGAAAAUACAUCCUUUAUUUUUUGUGACUAUCUUAAGCUUGAUUCUUUGCCUCCAAUGCAACUGUUCUGUUGUUUCUGGGGUUUUUUUGUUUGCUGUUUUUUUGUUUGUUUUUCUUUUUUUAAAGUUAAAAGAUAUUACCAAAAAGAGAGGGAAAACCAAAUGCCUACACCGAACAGGUUUCUUUCUCUUAUUUGUUGGUAUGGUUACUGGGGGGAAGGGUGUUUUGAGCCAAUCUUUCUUCUGUUACGUUUCUGUAUACCUAUUCGUGUGACUAUAUCUUUGCUCAUUGCUGAGGGUAAGAAUGGAGGUUUUCUAAAGUAUCAAUGACUUGUUCAGUCCUAUUGAAAUAAGACAUGGUGUCUUGUUAACUAAAUGUGCUCUAGACCUGUCUGCUUUUGCUUUGUGCCCCUCUGUAGAGAGGGUAAUGCUAAAAUAGCAAGUUUUUCUAAUUUACCUCUCUUUACUAGUCCGUACUGACCCAUUUAUAUCUUAGUCUUCCCAAGUAUAUUUUGAAGUAGUUGGAGUGUGGUGGAAAGAGCAUCUUGUGGGUGGUAAUGCUUGGAUUCUGGUAUCAGAUCUGUGUUACUGUUUCCUUUCCUUUUGCAGAGAGGAAAGUGUUUGAUAGUGACUUUCUUUUGGGGAAGCAGACCGAGACUUUCUGAUGGACUUUAUUCCUGUGGCAGUUACUGCAGGUACAAAGGAAGAUCACAUUCACUCUAAGCUUUACUUGGAAGUAUGUGCAUUUAAAAGUGGAUCUUGAUCUUGAAUGUCCCAGUUUAGAUACAUCCACAAAUUUAUGGGACAUGUUGAGGUGGCAGACUUACAUAUUCCAGAAGCAUUUUCUGCCUCUUCUCAGAGCUGUGAUGCUGUGGUGUGUGGGACUUGAGUGUCACUGAGGUAGUUUUGAUACAUGUUUCAUUUUAUGGGUACUGCUUCUCUCCUAGAAGCACUGUUUUCUGUCUUACAAAAGAUCAAUAUCAUCAGUAUUCCUUCAGCAUUAGCUUUCAACUUCAGUCCUUCCUUGUUGCAUUAGUUUUCAACUUUUUGGAAGGUGUGCAAAUCUAAAACUGCCGCCAAUCAUCUGUCUUUUCUCUGCAGCCUUCUGUGUACAAGGGUAAACUCAUGUCCAGGAGGUGGCUGUUAAGGUAUAAAGACACAAAAGGGCCUGCAAGGGGGUGUGUAAUCCCUAUGCUUUUGUAUUGCACUUUGCAUCACUGUUGAAGGGACAUGUCUCCCUGCUGUCUUAAGAGGACAGUUUCCUACUGUUAGCCACGGGUUGUUAUCAAGUUGUUCUUCCAGAGGUGUAUGUGACUGCUUGAAGGCUUUCUCUUACUUAACAAUUUAUCUGAAGCUUGCAAACAAAGCUCACCAGCAGAUUACAAAAGAAGGGGACAGUAUCAAAUCUCCAGGAGUACUGGGGUGUGUUUGAAUGCCAUUCAGCUCCCAUUGUUUAUCAGCAAAAGCUAGGAGGUGCUAAGCAACUACUCAGUAUCAGAUCUCAAUUGCUGCGUAAUAAUUCACUUCAGGCUCUGGCAUUGUCAGUCUCCUCUUUUCAUAGUUGAAGAUUUUUUCUCUACUGUCUUUUAAAUGUACAGAUAUGCGUUAAGCUUAGGCAGUAUUUCACCUACAAAACUCUUACCAAGUGCAUUAUCUUCCCAUCACUUGCUAUUUCUGUUUGCAGCUUUUCUGUAGAGCCUUCACAGGCCAUGAUCUGCAAUUUAAAUGUCUGUGCUUUGGCAACAGGACUGAGAUCAGGUUUAGCUGAGCACCAGCUUAAUUAGAGGUGACUUUUUUCAGCUUUACAUAAGUGUACGUAAUCCAAGUAGCAAGUUCUGUCCUGUCUGCCAUUUGAGAUCAACUCAGUUCUUCAAAGAAGUAGGCACAGAUGGUUUUUUAAUCAGUUCUUAAACGUAGUUCAGUUUCUAUUUCUAAGCAAAAACCUUGAGUAAUACUGCAGGGAACUAAAUUGCUCCUGCUUGUUAAGGAGUUGCAGGCUUGUAGGGAUUUAUUCCAAAACAGAUGUUGCCUAAUCAACAGGAGGAUUGGAUAAAUAUGGAACAUGUGGAAGGGAGCGUGAGAAGUACCUUUACUGGUGGUGGGGACUAGUCAGGGCUGAAGCUCCAUUCUUCUUGGGCCAAUAAGUGUCAAAGUUGAUUAUGAGUUUCUCCCCUCUCUUCUUGCAAGUGCUAACUUACUAACAUUGUCAUUGCCAAUGCUGUAGACUGUCAUAGCCAAUGUUUCUAUAGACUUCCUCCCAGCAUGAGCUGACACCACUCUGGGAUGAAAACAACCUCUCCAGCCUGCUGGGAGUCCUCAUCGCAAUAAAAGGCACAAGGCCCAGGGGAAUGUCCAAGGUGUGCUUGCAUGGCACUCCUGCCAGAUUUCUUUUCCCUGCCCUUGCAGGUGGAGGCAGCCUGGUAUACAGUUACUUUGGGGCUAUGCUCAAAGACCUGAAUUCUGUUCUGGAGCCACAGUGCUUUAAUCAGAGCUGAAUAAGGAAGAAGAAUAUGCUAGUUUUAGUAUUGCUAACUUAAUUUCUUGACAGCUGUGAGCCGCAAGAGCAAGGCAGCGUUACCUCAGGUAGGUUGUAGGUUUGGGAUAUAAGCAGUAAAGGGAAUGAGGAACUGAUACAUCCUUACAUUGGUCUUUUCUGGCUGCAUUUCCUGUGAGUUGUUGACUCUGCCACACACCUUGGCAUCUGUAUGCUGUAACAGAUGUAUUUAUCUUGAUCACUUCCCAGGAAGAUGAGAGGGUACUGUUGCCUUUCUGCUUUGGGCAAAGACAUACUGGAAAGCAAACUGCUCUCCUUAGUUCCAAUAUCCUAUUCUCUGCUGUGUGUACUAUCAACAUCACAUCAAAUUUGUGAAACUGGGAUGGCUGCAUCAUUAGGCCUCAGUUAAAGCUGUCUACCUGAAAAGUGAUUUAAAUGUGAUUGUCUCUUAAGGCGAACGGGUCAUACCAUCUUUUGGAAUUGCUAUUAAAUGCAGUAUGCACAUCUGCUUUUUCCUUCCUGGUGCACUAGGAUGUAUUCCUAAGCAUCCUAAACUCCAUUAAAGUAUUACCUAAGUGCCA